CCAACCCCGAGACUAUGUACAAAAAUGGGUUUUACUUGUGGGAAAAGUUAAAAAUUAAUUUCUCAAUCUCCCCGUUAUAUAAAUGGAUCCACAUGCUUCACCUCAUCGAUCCCAUUUCCGCUUCUCUCUCUCUCUCUCUCUCUCUCUGACACACACACAUACAUAUACAUACACACAUAUAUAUAUAUAUGGCGGAUGCAAGCUCUCUGAAGUUGUUUGGCAUAAACAUCCUAGAACCCACCACGGCCACGGAGCCGACGACCCGACCCGAACCGGAGACCCGGAAAUACGAGUGUCAGUAUUGUUGUCGUGAAUUCGCCAACUCACAAGCCCUCGGUGGUCAUCAAAACGCACACAAGAAGGAGCGUCAGCUUCUGAAACGAGCCCAGAUGCUCGCCAAUCGCGGCCUGCCACGUCACCACAACCCCAUCAUCUCCGCCUUCGCUCCGCCGCCUCAUCUCCUCUCUCCUCCUCCGCAUCUGAUGUUCUCUCCGACGACGACAUCGAUGGCUUCUUCUAAAUGGCUUUACGGCGACCGUUACGUGGCUUCGUCACAAGGCUUCUACGACGUCGCCGGAAAAAGGGAUUUUUACGGAGGAGGGAUGGAAUCUAUGGCCGGGGAAGUUAGGGCUCACGGCGCAGCUUUUCCGGAAAUUAGAAAGUACGCCGGAGAUGUUGCCGGAGGCGGUGUGAAGACAGAGAAGGGCGUUGGGCUUGAUCUUCAUCUCAGUCUUGGGCCUUAAUGGGCUUUCCCGAUCCGGCCCAUUUAGAUUUGCCAUUUCUCGCUAAAACUAUAUUUUCCCCUUCAUAUCUUGUUUCGAUUUCUAGGGUAAUUUAUGAUAUUUUUUUCUCUUCUUCUUUUUUUUUUUUAUGAAACUGUGAAUUAUUUUUCUUACUUGAGCUAAACCUGUUUUCGGUGAAUGCUUUUGCUUGUCUUUUUUCUUUUCUUGAAU